AAACACUUUUGGUAAGACAUCUUCUCUGUGAUUUUUCUUCAAUCCUUCGUCAAUCAUGGCGUUGCAGCUCCUGAGACGCGCUCUCGGAAACCAGUCGGGUCAGAUCUUCUCCCUUUCAUCUAACCUUAGCUCUUCCUCUCCCCUCCCCGUUAGGCCUUUCUCUUCCGCCGCUUCACCGAUCCGAGCCACUCUCUUCCCCGGCGAUGGUAUUGGUCCCGAAAUUGCGGAGUCCGUCAAACAGGUAUUCAGAACUGCUGAUGUGCCCAUCGAAUGGGAAGAACACUAUGUCAGCGACCAAAUAGAUCCCCGAACUCAAAGUUUCCUCACGUGGGAAAGCUUAGAAUCAGUGAGACGUAAUGGUGUGGGCUUGAAAGGACCCAUGGCUACGCCAAUUGGAAAAGGCCAUCGUUCUUUGAACCUUACCUUGAGGAAGGAACUUAAUUUAUAUGCUAAUGUGAGGCCUUGCUACAGCCUACCUGGUUAUAAAACACGUUAUGAUAAUGUAAAUCUGAUCACCAUCCGUGAGAACACAGAAGGGGAGUACAGUGGACUUGAACAUCAAGUGGUUAGAGGUGUGGUUGAAAGCCUUAAGAUCAUUACCCGUCAAGCAAGUUUAAGGGUAGCAGAAUAUGCUUUUCACUAUGCCAAAGCUCAUGGGAGGGAGAGAGUCUCUGCAAUUCACAAAGCCAAUAUAAUGCAGAAAACUGAUGGUCUUUUCCUUAAGUGUUGCCGGGAAGUUGCAGAGAAGUAUCCUGAGAUAAAGUAUGAGGAAGUUGUCAUUGAUAAUUGCUGUAUGAUGCUUGUGAAGAAUCCAUCACUCUUUGAUGUAUUGGUUAUGCCAAAUCUUUAUGGUGACAUUAUUAGUGAUCUCUGUGCUGGGCUGAUUGGAGGAUUAGGGUUAACGCCAAGCUGUAAUAUUGGUGAGGGAGGCAUUGCUCUUGCUGAGGCUGUGCAUGGUUCGGCACCAGAUAUUGCUGGAAAGAAUUUGGCAAAUCCAACUGCAUUGCUUUUGAGUUCUGUCACGAUGCUUCGGCAUUUGGAGCUCCAUGACAAAGCUGAUCGAAUCCAAGAUGCCGUCCUCAACACCAUUGCAGAAGGGAAGUAUCGAACAGCUGACCUUGGCGGUUCAUCAUCGACUACCGAGUUCACCAAUGCAAUCUGUGACCAUAUUUAAGGGAUGCCUUUCAUUGUUUAUUUUGCAGUCUUACACGUUGUUUCUGGGAAACAUUCUGGAGGCGUUCUUCAUAUCUUUUCAUAGUUUCUCUGAAGCGUAAUAAGCUCAGAUCAUAUUGAUGACUCUGAAGUAGCUUAUCCCAAGGGUGCUACUAUAUUUAGCCAUUGAUCCUUUGCGGUCCGUCCAUAGGAUAACUGAAACGGCUCUGUUCACGUAAUCAGCCAUACAAUGUCAGAUGAUUGAGAUCUGUUCAAAUUUAUUUCUACGAAAACAUGGCUUUUUCUUCGUCUUCCCAUUUUUUUUUACUAUGUGUAAAAGACGAAAAAGAACAGUCUUAUUAUCUUUGAAGUUGUGCCACAAUUGUAUGGCAUGUGAUCAAUUUAUGAUGCGUUUUGAUGUGCC